CUUCCAUGGAAUCCCUUGUAAAGAAAACCUUCAUGAACUCACCAGUCACCACCAUUCCCUUUCUCCUUCUUUCUCUCCUUUUAUUAUUUCUCAUUUUCUUCAAUUUAAUUCUCAACAAUUUAAGGAUCACCACAUUACCCCAUUUAUUUCUCCAUAUUUCUCUGUCUUUCAUCUAUUGUUUUUUUCUUCUUGUCUUUUUCUCCUUACUUGCAUUAUCCUUUCUGGGUAUUAGUUUUCUUGGUAUUCUUUUUUUCUUCAUUUUCACUCAUCCUAACCAUUUUUCUAUGACUCCAUUUUCUUGUUUUUCAAUAAAAAGAGAUUCUUUUUUAUUGGGUCUCUGAGUUUUGGGCUUUUCUUGAUGUUCUGAUUGAACAAGACUAAGUAGCCCCUUUUUGUUCUUUUUCUUGUCAAGAAUUGUCCUUUUUGAAAUUUUGGCUGUUGGGGUUUGUUUGAAAUUCCCAAAAAAAAGAGAAAAAGAAGAAGAAUUAGUAGCAGCAGUAGCUAUGCAUUCUGAUAAGGAGGGUAAAGGGGGAACUGCAACUCCAAUUGCUGAAUCUGAUUCUGAGAUUGAGCAUGAGCCUGGUGAGAAAAAUGUUAGCAGGCAAAUGAGUGAGAGUUCCCUUUACACUACUGAGGAUGAGGAAGAAGAUGAAACUCAUAAUAAGAUUGAGUUGGGACCACAAUGCACUCUCAAAGAACAAUUUGAGAAGGAUAAGGAUGAUGAGAGUUUGAGAAGAUGGAAGGAGCAGCUUCUUGGAAGUGUGGAUAUCAAUGCUGUUGGAGAAUCCCUGGAUCCAGACGUGAAGAUCUUGAGCCUUGAAAUCAAGUCACCUGGUAGACCUGAUAUUGUUCUCCCAAUCCCUGAGGGUGGGAAACCCCAGUGUCCAUGGUUUACACUGAAAGAAGGGAGCAAAUACAGCCUAAAAUUCUCAUUUCUAGUCACCAAUAAUAUAGUGACAGGGCUCAAAUACACAAACACAGUUUGGAAAACUGGUCUCAAAGUUGACAGCACAAAACAAAUGAUUGGGGCCUUCAGUCCUCAAUCAGAGCCUUAUACACAUGAAAUGCCGGAGGAUACUACCCCUUCUGGCAUGUUUGCAAGAGGAUCUUACUCAGCAAGGACAAAGUUCCUUGAUGAUGAUAACAAGUGCUAUUUGGAGAUCAACUACACAUUUGACAUCAAGAAGGAGUGGCUGGCAACAUAAACAAAGAUGUUGCUUGAAUUGUCAAACCAAGACUAUUCCUGUUUUCAUUCUUCGUAAUUUUUGUCCCGUCUUGUCUGAUAGUUUUUUGAGAAGAGGAAAAGAAAAAGAUAACAUUUUGCUGCAGUUGAUUAUUCAAUGAUGUGAAGGAGUUAACUUUAGCAGUUAGGUUCUUACUUAUUGAGUAUCAUUGAAUAAAGUUGAGCUUUGGCUAUGACUGAUUAACAAUGA